AUGGCCAUGUUGCACUCUCCCUCGCCAACCUUCUCCGCCUCCAACUCGCCGAGCGCGCCCUUCCACACCCCGUCGCGGCCGUACAAUGCCUCGUGCCGCUCGUCCACCUCCAGCGCUGCCUCUCCGCGCGUCUUCACCCCUGCAGCUGCCGCGGCGCCUCCUUCGUCGCGGCGCAUAGAUGCCUCCCCAUCGCUGGUACCCACAACCUCCGCCUCCGUCCAGCGCGCCCGCUCCCCGAUACCCAAGCGGCAAACCUCUGAUGCCGCAACCCAGUACACACCCAACGACUACCCGCCUACCUUCCGCCCAACCCAGGGCAAGAGGCAGUCCAGCGCCAGCGCCGACCCACCACACCAGAGCCCGAGGGCUGCGAAGCGGAGGGAGACCUUCGCCGACACAGAAGCAGCCACCACGGAAGGCCCUCAGGAGCCGCAGCCGCGGGUGACGCCGCAGCCUGCCACUGUCGCGAGCGCCGGCCAGCCCGACGGAGAGGGGCAGGCGGAGCAGCAAGAUGGCGCCGCUGCGCCGCCGUCGCAGCCGCUGCAUCCCGGCACCAAGGUGAUGCCCGUCAGGUACGAGGCGUGCGAUGUCAAAGACCUGGGCGCUCUGAUCUCCGACAUGCUCAUGGAGCUGUUGCGGCUGAAUGACGCCCUCCCGCUGCAGGACGGCCAGCUGACGCGCUUCCACUCCCGUGCACCGCCGAGCAUCUCCGUCCGCGACUACCUCAACCGACUCAUUGCACAUGCGACCCUCUCGCCACCAAUUCUCCUUUCCAUGGUCUAUUACAUCGACCGCCUCUGCCUCCUCUAUCCCGCUUUCACAAUCAGCAGCCUUACCGUGCAUCGCUUCCUCAUCGCUGCCGCCACCGUCGCCUCCAAGGGCCUCAGCGACAGCUUCUGGACGAACAACACCUAUGCAAGAGUAGGAGGUGUCAGCACAAGAGAACUGGCCCUGCUCGAGCUGGAGUUUCUCACGCGCCUGCAAUGGCGGAUCGUGCCAAAACCCGAGGUUCUGGUCGACUACUACAGGAGCUUGGUGGAGCGGGGCGACGGCUACGUGAUGGCGCACGAUCCAGACGCCGAGGAGGAGUGA